AUGAAUAAUAAUAACAAUAUCAACAAUAAUAAUAAUGUUAUUGUGGUAAAUAAUAAUUUAAUUUGUAAACUGAAUGAGGUUGGUUUAACUCAUUUGUUUAUGGGUUCCAAACUGUUUGGAAAGUGGGGAGAAGCAGAUGUCAAAGCGGAAUUGGAGAUUAUUCAGUUGUUUCAAAAGUUUUUAGAGCAACCAUUGGCUCGUAAUUUCAAUAUAAAGAUCAAAUCAUCACAAUUAUCAGAUGUAGUUGCUGAUUUAGUGCAAUGCGUUGUUUCACCACACUCUGAAGCGAUGCUGCUUCAACUCUUACAGGAGCGUCUACAACCUGACGCAGAACGCUCGAAACCAUUGGCACUCUACAUUUCCAAUCUCAAUUGCAUAUUGUUGUUCUAUAUGCAGUCGGCGGAGAAAGCACGUAUCGAUGUCAUCAAGAUCUAUCCCGAUUGGAAUGAAUACACUGCCAAGACAACGAAGCUGCGGAUUGCCACUCCGCUGCAAUCGUUCAGUGUGCCGGCAAAGUCGCUGCUCGACACAAACUUCCUUCACUACCUGACGGUGCUCAGGGAUAACUAUGAUCUAUCGUUGCGAUAUAGGAACAUCUGGAAUUCAGAGUUUAUCAAUGAGGAAGGUAGACUUGGUUUGCUGACGUCUUGGCUGUUGCCUUCACUGGCGGGCUGUGAAUCGGUACGGGUGGUCGAAUAUCUCAUUCAUUCACAACACCAACCGACAAUCAUCUACAAAUCUAUUCGACCGGAACAGAUUAUCACCAAAGAAACAUCGACUACCGCUCCCGUCAAGGGAAACACACCCAACACAGCAUCUCCAGUCAGAGGGAAUACACCAAGAGUGAGUGUGAAUACACAUAAACGUAGUACACCUAGUAAAGCUCGAUCACCUUUCCUAUUGGCUCCGAGGGAGGAACCAGAUGUAGCUGACUAUCGCGAAAUGGAGGACUGCCACACCAUUGAGGAAAUAACUAAACAAUACGAAAUAAGGAGGUUGCUUCGCAAUCAAAGACGUGAGCAAGCUGCCGAUGACGAUGACGAUGGUGAUGGCGGUGAUAUUAUUGGUGAUGGCCUCGCUCUACCAAAUAAAAUCGGUGGCGAUAUCUUGAAACCUUGGAAACGAUCACCGCUUUGGGUUGGACUAAAGUCGUUGAUGCACUAUUUGUUUGUUCAUUUUCUCGAGGUUGCUCAAGAUCGGAAGUAUUCAACUGUCAUUUACAAGUCGAUGAUGACCACCUUCUAUUCAUUGGUGUUGUCAAAGUCGAAACUCUCCAGUCGUCACUCAGAGUGGUUUCCAAAGUUGAUUCAUCGUUGUGAGAAGCUACAGGAGUUGUGUGAUGUUACCAAGCGCGAGCUAGAGGUUGAUACAUUGCCCGUUCAAAUAAUGUUGAUGCUCAAGAGUACAGUGGAUCUCACAAACACAACCGUUCAGGCAAUAAGCGAGCAACUCCAAUCGAAUUGGCAGAAUUAUUGCGCCACACAAGAAACAGAGUCCGAUAUCUCUGCCACCAUUACAUCGGUGGUCGAUGGACUGUCCGAUACAGGUAACCUAUCGACUGUGUUUGACUUUCAGCCACUCAUGGAAUUCCCCUUUGAGAAUCUCGAGCAGUCCACCAGCGCCACCAAACAAAAGGGUUCGAUGGCAGAGCUCAAAGAGGAGCCGCUUCCUAUCAAGAUGUCGGGAACUAUUUUGACAACGAUCGAAGAGCUCAACGAACGAGUUGCAAAGUUCAAAAGUAGAGAAUAUCAUCGCUUGUUGUUGGCCGAUCAGCUUGAGGAAUACCCAUACGUAGAAUUAAAGACACUGUCCAACAUUUUCGUUACGAACGGUGUCGAGUAUCGGGCACUGCGAUCGGUAGAACAACAUUUCUCAACGAGAAUACGUAAUGCUAAACACGAAAAUAUCUUUGAUUUGUCGGAGAACGGGCUGGCGUAUCGCUGGGCAGCCAAGCACAUGAUUCAAAAGCACAAAGUGUGGCUGCAAAAAGUGACUACUCAAAACCAAGAAGCCAUUGCCAGCUUCCGAGCGAUAAAGCUGGCACACAAAGCAGAGCUCGAUAAGCUACAGGCUGAGCUGGCCAAACACACGCCCGAAAAUGUUAGAACCAAAGACCAGAUCAUGAGAGAUCACAAGAAGCUGGAGAACAGAGCAACGCCAACACACGUCAAUUUGCUACCAAAGGAGAAAACACUGGAGCGUGUCAUUGUCUUUGAAGACAACGUCCCGCCUGAGAUCAAAGUGGUGAGAACAGCCUAUGCUUUGUUGAAUCAAGCGAUACAAAAAUCGGUAAAAGAAUCGCACCAUCACCAUUCCUCUUAUGCCAGUUCUGAUUUGAGGUUAUCGAGAUUUAUAACUGGUCAGGUAUCAAAGAUGAUUCGUUUGGUGACCGAAGAAACCUUCCUCAGUUUCUCGAGAACCUACAAUACGGUUGACUAUAAACAGCCGAUCAGAGAGUUUGUAGAUAUCUCUGCUGGUUCGGUGUCGACGCGAAUCGACCGUGAAGUGUUUGACCAACCUACGUUUGUCGAAUUUGCAUGCGAUAUUGUCAGUAGUUAUCUACCGACACUCAAUGUCGAAGAUCAGUAUUCACUGUUGUUCAUCAUCCAGUUCCUCAUUAUGAUGUUUAACUCUACAAAGAAUGCAGUUCUUCGAACCCUCUUGAAGACAAACAUUAUGCAGUGUCGAAAGAUUGGAGUCAAGUGGUUGGAUGAAAUCUCUGAGCAUCUCUCACGUCUGAUGCUAACCGACAAUCAAAAUGAAAGUGCAAUCGAUCUCUACAUUCAAAAGUUACUCUUCAGUGCAAUCUCUAUCAUCUUCACCUACGACCAAAUGCCAUUCACAAAGAAGCUGCGUUCACAUCAAUUGUUCUCGCUGGAGAGCAGUCUCAAGAUGGAUGCCAACGAUAUCCCCAACAAUGAUUUGUUCAUUUUGAUUCGAGCAAAUUCUAUACUCUCUGAGAACUCUGGUAUUGCAUCCAAGAUGCCGGAUACAUCUCUCUCCAAAUAUCUCAUGUUCCAAUCAUAUGUCAUUUCCUUCCGACUGGCUUCGAGAAUGAGAAAAUACGUUGGAAGACAACCACAACUACUCUCCAUGUUCCUCUGUAGUUACUGGCGACUUCCAAUGGAACAUAUGAAUCAAUUCUCACAGUGGACACACACACCUGAAACCAAUUUCUACUCAUGUACAUUCCAAGAGGAAACCAGUAUUCAACUAAAUAUACUUGACGGUAGAGUAUUGGUCAAUGGAGAUCCAAAUCAUCAGCUUCCAUCUUCCAUUCAAUUGAAUGAAAGUUAUAAAUCUGUAUUUGGUAAAUUAAAGUUUACUGUUAAUAGUAUUGGUAAAAAUAGAUGUAUAUGUGGAAAUCAAUACUUUGGAACGCUGAUUGGUCUCUCCAACUAUCUGUUGCUGGAGGACAAGAAAACCAAUGAGAAGAUUCUCUUUGUUCCUCAUUCAAAGUUGAUGCUUGAGAGUGUUGCCAAAACAGAGUAUCACACGUGCAAGCCAGAUUUGGAACAUCUACAACAUCCGCCUUAUUUCCGAUAUCAAAUAAACCAUGAACUCAAAGUGCUGGGUCCACAGGAGAUCAGUUCCAAUCUCUUCCUUGCCUAUCUGCACUUGAUGACUUCGACAGCAAACACUGAUCCAUUCCUUGGCCAGACUGGAUUCGAAAUGGCGAUCACUCUGCUUCAGAGAUUCCAGACCAAUCGUCUGUUCACUCCACAGUCACUGAAUAUCCUCAAUCUCAUCAAGACUAUCUCACCGACUCGUAAUCCCUACAGAAGAAAGAAGGCAACUGCCAACGAAAACAACAGUACCAUUCAAGAUGUUAGCUAUCAUCAUCCACUGCUUUCAGGCGUGGCUUGUCACGAUCUAACUCUACUGCUCGUCAACAAAAUCCUCUCACAGAAUCAAGAAUGUAAAUUCCUCUAUGAUACCAACGAGCAAAGUCAAACCACCAUCAAUAUCUAUGAAAAUGCAAUUAAUAUUGCGAGUUGUUGGCGUAAUCGAAGAGUUCUUUCAUAUCAGAUCACCGCAGAUCUCUUUAUUAGCAUUGUUCCAGAGACUUUCAUCGUUGCCAACGAAGUUGUCAUAGGUAUACGCACGCCCACUGAGAGAUCGGCCUACACCUACAGAGUUUCCGAGUUUCUUAGCAAUCCAGCAGCAAAAUUGAACAAACUGGAUCUUUCAUUCAACCCAUCCUGUGUCAGUUCCAAUCGGAUGAAUUUUUUCAAUGGUGAAAAACAGUCGCUGGAAAAUAUAUUGGAGCUGGAUGAACUUAGCUUUAGCACUCACUAUAUUUCUCUCUAUCAGUUGGCCAAGUCGAUCAGGAAGAAUACUGAUCACAAAUCAAAGCUGGCGCUAUUGUUGUCCUUUAUGAACUUGUUAUCCUCGAAACCUGUUGAGAACCACAAGUUGUUUGACCAUAUAAUUUACUUGGCAACGCUCGCUCCUGAGCUAGAUGCAGAGUUGGAAAAGUGCCAAGAGCCCGAUCUCCGACAGUUCAGUAAUCCUUGGGUAACCUAUGAUUCCAGCUAUAUCAAGAAUAUCAUUGCGCCAACAGUUGGAUCGAGGGUGGCAUCAAAGAAAAAGGAAGAGCCCGAUCAGCUAUUCCAAAAUAUCGAAAAGCUAAAGCUCUGGCAGGAGAUGUGGGUCUCUGACGAGAAGACAAUCAUUGGAAAGGCACCGAAUCUACAGUUUAUUCGUUCGAUUACAUUCAAGGGUUAUGCCAACGAUUUUAUUGUGCAGUUGACACGACAAUAUAAUGAAUGGCGACAUAACUACAGGUUGUUGUUGUUCCUACGCAAUAUUUCCAGAAUUACUUAUAUGCCAAACAACAAUGUCAGUGCUCCUGCCGAUGUGUACCCAGCCAUCCGCGACAAUACACCGGGUAUCGAUAAUAUCAUAAGAUAUACCUACGAUUGGAAGACAAUGGUGAACUGGAGAGAUAGCCAGACGAUCAGACAUAUUAACAUAGACACGCGAUGGUCGAAUAUGUUUAAUCUUGGUUAUGAUAUGAACUUUGAAGAUGAAUUCAUGGCGUGUCUCGUCGAGAAAGAUGCUCACUUCCCAUUUGCCGAGGAGAUCAAUCUACUUUUCGAAGAUCAUGAGGAAACCACAAAGAUUGGUGCCGAUUACCACGAUGCACUCGAGAAUAGUAAAGAACAUCUGAGAACGCAGAUCGAGUCGACACCAUUGUACGAACUGGCAGAUAUCCAACUGGUUCAAGAUAUCCUGAGCAAGAUGUACCAUGAGAUCAACGAAGCCAAAGGUUUGAUUUGGGCAUUCAUUGAAUCAUUCUACAAUUCCAAUUGGAAGAAACGAUCUGCGUUUAUCAAAUGUGGUCUUUGGAAGAAAUGUAUUCCUGUCAAUGUUUAUAAAGAUUUCAUUGAUUUCAAAUAUAAAUCAAACGUUGAUCAAACAAAGAUUCCACUUAAACUCUUUGAAUUGAUUGGAAUUCACAUUCUUCUUGUCACCUAUCUUCAAAAGGUGGAACGUGCCAUCACUGAAUCAACCGAUCGUGAUGCAUUGGUCAAGAUUCUCUCGCAAAGCAGAAAGACAAGAAAGUGGAGCGUUACAGAUCAUCCUCAUUGGGCACUGUUUGAAUUGGAGAGAAACAUUUGGAUCUAUGAUAUUCAAGUGGAAAUAGCAAUGGUACUCUUAAACUCUACAGAAAACAACCGUUGUAUUCAACUUCAAAUGGGUCAAGGUAAAACAUCGGUGAUCAUUCCGAUCAUGUGUUUGGCAUUGAAAGAUCGUAUUGCCAGAAUCAAUGUGUUACCAUCGCUCUUGGAAACAUCGAUUGAAGACAUGCUCUUGACAAUGGGAUCAUCUAUUUUCAAUCGUCCAAUUCACAUCUAUCCAUUCAGAAGAGAUAUUGUCUCUCAGCUGAAUAGCUCUCAACUUCAGCGAAUACUUGGCAAUCUCGAGCUUUGCAAAGCGAAGCAAGGAAUCAUCAUUUCGACACCUGACCAUUGGCUUUCAUUCAAACUCUCUGGAAAGCUGCUCAACAAAUCAAAGAACCAAAUCUCUGCGAUCAUUCAAUGGUCAAACAAUAAUUUGUUUAACAUUCUCGAUGAAUGUGACGAGUUACUCUCCACCAAAUACCAACUCAUUUUCCCAUAUGGCAACAAGACAAAUCUCGACGAGUGUAAAGAUAGAUGUACAACAUUCCAGGAUAUCUUCUUGACACUCAAAGAGCUGAUCGGUAAACUGGACUUUGCAGCAUCGGAUAUCGAAAUCAUUCACAAAGACAGACCGAGUGUAUUCCCAAUGAUUACAAUUCACAAUGAAGAGGCAGGAAUGAGACUUAUGCAAAGUCUUUUAGAUCAGUUAUUGCUAAAGUUUAUAUAUAGAAGUCCACGUAUCAGGGAUAUGUUACCGGUUUUCUGUGGUUACACAACUGCAGACAAUAUUGGAACGGAUGCUCUGAAAAACAAUCCUAGAUAUACUGUCCUCUUAAUAUAUCGUGCAUUGUUUAAAUAUGGAAUUCUUCAGCAUUGUCUCAGUAAGAUCUGGUCAAAGGAUUAUGGCUCACGUUCAAGCAGCGACUCUUUGAUUCAUACGACUGGAAAGAGAAAAGCAGUUAAGGGUGGAUUCUUUACACAACUGGCUGUCCCCUAUCGUGCCAAAGAUGUGCCUGCAGAGAGAGCUGUACUCAGCCAUCCAGAUGCAGUGCUUGGAUUCACUCAUCUCACCUACUACCACCAGGGUCUUUCACUCUCACAGUUUAGAGAUGCUCUCACCAGAUUGAUAUCGGUUUGCAAUCAACAAAAGUUUGAAGUCUACAACUCUUGGAUUCAAUUUGACAGCACCAUUCCAGUGGAGUUUCAUAGUCUCAACAGUGUGGUACUCUCCAAUGAUAUAUUCAUCAAUGAUUUGUAUCAGCAUCUCAAGUACAACAUGCUUGUCAUUCAUUUCUGGUUGAAUGAACUGGUAUUCCCAUUCGAAACUAAACAACAUCCAAAGAAGAUAUUUGCCUCUUCAUGGGAUAUUGUUACUGGCAAUCACAUUGCAGGAUUCUCUGGGACCAACGACACAUCGAUUCUCUUCCCACUCUCUAUCAAACAAGAAGAUCUUCCAUCGUUGUUAUACACCAAUACCGAGGUAUUUAACUAUAUUCUCAAUCAAGAGGAUAAUCAAGUGCACUUUAUUCCUCAGAAUUGCAAUAUUCUCGAUCAUGUCACAAAGACUGAUACAUUUGCAAGAGUAUUCAUUGAUUCCGGUGCAUUGAUGAUCGGAAUGACCAAUUUCCAAGUUGCCAAAUCAUUCUUGGAGAAAACCGAUCCCAGUAAAGCCGAUGCAGUUCUUUACUUUGAGAAUGGUAAUCUCAUUUCAAUGGAUAGAGAUGAUAAGAAACUUUUGUUCCACCAAUCACCCUACGCCAAAAGAUUGAACCGUGUUAUUGUCUAUCUUGACGAUUAUCAUACAAGAGGUGUUGAUAUUAAAUUCGAGAAGGACACACACGCAAUCGUUACAGUCGGACCAAGAAUGACCAAAGACAAGUUGAUGCAAGCAUGCAUGAGAAUGAGAAAACUUGGAUUUGGACAAACAGUUUCAUUCAUGGUUCCAGACCACUUGGGAAUUGGUGAGAACGUUAUCGAUAUCUUUAGAUGGACAAUCAACAAUACAAUACGUGGAAUCGAAAAGUCACUUCACAUUUGGAUGACACAGGGACUUCAUUUCUAUCGAUCACACUGUGCAUCUGUACUUCAAAAUAGUGAGCCUUUCGAAAAGGAAUUCCUUCAACUCUCGUCACUCCCUGAGACAACCACCCUCAAGGCGAUGUAUGAACCUUCAUUUAUCAAACAAGACAUCAAAGUCGUUGCAAACCAUCUCAAGAUUGCAAUGGUUACUUCAUUCAAACAGGAUAUCGAUAGUAUAAGAGAAAUGGAUAAGGUCAUUGCCAAGGCUGCCAAGUCAGGAAACAAGAAGAUGUCGAAUCAGCUUGAGAAUAGGAUCAAAGAUAUUGGUGACAACAUUUCCAUUUUCUCAUCGACCAACCAAGAUGGUGAAGAAGAGCGUGAAAACGAACUGGAAGAAGAAAAAGAAGAUGAAUCUCUCACAGAGAAUAUCGUUUCAUACGAACCGACAUUCGAGCUUACCCUUAAGCUAGUGGUCAAAGGUGAAAGUCCAUUCCUAAUGGUUCCAACAUCCGAAGGCAAUGAGAAUUACCUAAGCAUUGCCAGGCGUAUCAGUUCGGUUGGCAAUGAGAGGAAGUUCUGUAAACAACCAUUUUUGCCCGUCUCUGCUAUCUAUAUCAACACACCUAUUGGUUCACUCCUCACAAGGAACGGCAAGAUCAUCAACGUUUUCGAUAGUAACAUUUUGACGACUCUAGACUUUGUACGUGUCCACGAACCAAACAGAAGCAUCAAGAAUACAAUGGAGUUUUGUCGUUUGAUCAACUAUGUGUUGGUGCUGUGGGAACCAACGCCCGUGUUCAUCUUGUUGUCACAGCACGAAGCAAGCAAGGUCUAUAGCUUAAUUCAAGCAGAUUUGAGAUCGAAUCGUGUGGUCAAGGUAUCACUUCACCAAACAAGACCUCACAUCCUUCCAAAUCAAAGAGAAUAUAUGGAAGCAAUUCACACUCCACUCCCACCAGGAGCCUCAUUUGACUCUAUCAAACAUCUGAUUGUCCAACUAAACAUCAUCAAUGGUUCUAAAUAUUUCAAUGAUAAUCUUGAUGCCACAAUUAAAUUUUUAGGUUUAAGUAUCAGAAAUAACAACAACAACAAUAACAAUGACAAAAAAGAUGACAAUAACAAUGACAUUGAAAACAAUAACGAUAACAUUGAUGGUAACAAUAACAAUAACAAUGAAAUUGAUGGUAACAAAUACAAUGACAAUGAAAUUGAUGGUUACAAUGACAUUGAAAACAAUAACGAUAACAUUGAUGGUAACAAUAACAAUGACAUUGAUUGUAACAAAAAUGAUGGACAACCAGUAGUUAAGAAAGAAUUAGAUGAAAAAGUUAAAUUCGAAACGGAUCCUAAUGUUGAUCACGAUGGAUUCUUAAAGAAUGAAAAAACUAGAUUCAAUGACAAACCUCUGCAAUUCUUAGAGUUAAACUACACAUUUAAUAGAGUAUCUACUGUGUUUGGUAGUGAUAUGGAAAAGAUUGUACCAAAUAUCUCAAUUAAAUAA